GAAGAGACAGGGCCGGGCUGGGCCGAACUGAGCCGGGCCGGGAGCGCGGCAGGAGGCGGCGGGUCCCCGCGCGGCCCGGCUCUCCUCACGGGGGCUCCCGGACUGCCUUGGACUCCAGUAAGUGCCCUGAGGCGGGGCUGAGGCGGGGCAGGGGGCUGAGGCGCGGGGCGGCCUGGCCCCGCCCUGGCCGAUGCUCGCCCUUCCGUGCCCGCCCGGUGUGUGACCCGGCACGGCACCGUCCCGCUCCUCCGACGCCUCCGCCUUUGUGUAGCUCCUCGGCCGUACCCGCUCCGUGCCUUCCCCUUCCCCCCUCCCUUACUCCGCUUUUUAUUCCUUUUCCCUGGAAGCCGCCGCCGCGGGGCUCCCCCCGCUUGUCACCUCGGGGCAGUGUCAUAAUUGCCCUGGUGAAGCAGUCAAGGCUCUGUCACAUCCCCAGAGUGUGAUGUUCAGGGUCAGAAAUGCCUUAUGUGGAUCGUCAGAAUCGCAUUUGUGGUUUCUUGGAUAUUGAAGAAAAUGAGAAUAGUGGGAAAUUUCUGCGGCGGUACUUCAUUCUGGACACACGAGAAGACAGUCUGGUGUGGUAUAUGGAUAACCCACAGAAUCUUCCCUCUGGAUCUCCACCUGUUGGAGUCAUUAAACUCACCUAUAUUUCAAAGGUUAGCGAUGCAACUAAGCUAAGGCCAAAGGCAGAAUUCUGUUUUGUUAUGAAUGCAGGGAUGAGAAAAUACUUUCUACAAGCCAAUGAUCAGCAGGACCUAGUCGAAUGGGUAAAUGUUCUGAACAAAGCUACCAAAAUCACAGUACCAAAGCAGUCAGAUCCUCUCUGUCAAAUGGAUAAUGCAAAUCGUCAAGCUGAAAGCCCAGGUGGAAAGAAGCAAGUCUCUUACAGGACAGAAAUUGUUGGUGGUGUUCCUAUCAUUACACCUACCCAGAAAGAAGAAACCAAUGAGUGUGGUGAAGGGGGUGAUAGGAAUUAUUUGAAACGGUCACAGAGUCACCUUCCUUAUUUUACUGCUAAGCAUCCCCCAGAUAAUGCUGUUAUCAAAGCUGGCUACUGUGUAAAACAAGGAGCAGUGAUGAAGAACUGGAAGAGAAGAUACUUUCAGUUAGAUGAAAACACAAUAGGGUAUUUCAAGUCUGAACUGGAAAAGGAGCCUCUCAGGGUUAUACCACUUAAGGAGGUCCAUAAAGUUCAGGAAUGCAAACAAAGUGAUAUAAUGAUGAGAGACAAUCUCUUUGAAAUUGUAACAACUUCUCGAACCUUUUAUGUACAGGCGGACAGUCCAGAAGACAUGCACAGUUGGAUAAAAGCAAUUUCUGGGGCCAUUGUAGCACAGCGGGGACCUGGAAGAUCAGCAGCUUCCAUGCGGCAGGCCAGAAGGCUGUCGAAUCCUUGUAUACAGAGGUAUACAUCAAGAACUGGUGAAUGCAGCACGAGCAUACCGAGUCUUCUUCCGAACCCAACCAUGCUCUCCGUUCUGCCAUCCCAGCCCCAGCCACCUCACAUUCCGCAGCCGCUCACGGCAGCACUGUGGUCCCAAACCCUCAUGCCAAAUACCCUGCCUUGGAGAAGCGAGGAUUUCACGAAUCUUUUACCAAGGCCAAGCCAGGGAGCUACAAGAUCCAGGUUGUCGCUCCAAGAGAAUCAACUUCCAAAGUGACUGAACGGAGCCUCUCGGAACUCCAAAGUAAAAAUGACACUCAGGAACAGGAUCCUGGCCUUGUGGAUCUGGAUGAUGCAAGCCUUCCAGUUAGUGAUGUGUAGUGAUGGAAGUGUUUGGAGAAUGAUCCAUUUGUUCGGUCCUCUAAUUUCCUUGCUUGGACUUUUAACCAAAGAAAAUUACAGGAAAUGAGAACAAAAAUCUGGAACACUGAUUUUUAUAUAUAUGUGUGUGUUUCUGUGCACACAUGUGUAUAUAUACUGUGUUUGUACAUUGCCUUUUAGCUGAGGGUCAGAAACGGACCUUAGGCACUUUCUCAAAGCCUGAUAGUAAAUCACUUGCUAGGGAGGGGCCAAACUGCACAAUUCAGAAGAAAAACAAAAAGACAAAACCAAAAAGGUACUUCUGCAAGUAAGCAAAGUACUAGCAACCUUUUCAUUCCUAAUCUGGCAAAUUCAGUAAAUUUACAACUAAUGCUAUGUUGUGGAGAACUUACUGCCAACAAAUGUGAUUAUUUAAUUUUAUUUUGAACUACAGUAAGAUUUUAGGCAUAGAUGAGAAUUGUUUCUCUCCAUGACUUUCAGAUACCAGGAAAUGCACAAAAUGUCUCUUCUGUUCCUUAGGAUCAACAGUGUUAACUGAUUCGUUACCAGAACAAGAGUUCUGAACGCCCUUGAAAUUCUAAUCAUGGUGCUGUAAAAUUCCCACUCAAAUACUAUUUUGACUAGUCAGCCUAUUUGUGACGUGCUCCUAAAGGUGGGUCAUAACUUUUUGCACAUCUGGAUAUUAACGGACUGCAUGUAAUGGUGUUUUGGAGGGGGAAGAAGAGAAAUUGGACUUUUGAAUUUGAACACUUCAGAUCUGUUGACCUACGUAAGGUUUAUUUUGUGUUACAUUGGGCUUUGCAGCAAUCAUUUUUCUUAAAUGUCUAAACAUAUCACUCAAUUACUGUUUUUUGAGAAUGGUUUUCUUAUCAGUGUUUUGCGAACAGUUCUCAUUUCUAUAUCAAUCAGUGGAAGACCUCCUUGUUCAGUUUUGUCGUUAUUGGUACUGAACUGUACAUAGUCAUGCAAUAGUGGCCUUUAACUUUUGGUGCACUAAUAAUCUUAAGUGCCUGUGGUUUUUUCAUGUUGUUGAAACACUUUUGGGUUAGUUAUGUACACAAACCAUUCUUAAUGGUUUUGAACAUUGGCUUGGGGUUGCUCUGAAUAGCAUAGUUUGAAGCAGCUAUUUAAAAUAGAAAACUUGUGCUAGGGGUACCAGACUUCUGGUAUUGUACCUACUAGCUGUGCAAUAUAUGUUUUGAAAAAAAUGGGUGUGUGUAGUUUGUGUACACUGUGUUAUGUGGCUUCAGUGAUGCCAAUGAAAAGAACCUUUACAUUUCAAAUAUUGGAUUACGUUAUGUACUUUUCAUUGGUUUUGAAAAACGCUUGCUUUAAUCAAAACCCCACAAAAUCUCAUGCUGCUGUGUAUUGUGAUUCAAGCUGUCCAGCUUUGAUACCUUUUUUGUCUACUGUAACCUAAGAUACAUAUCAAACAAGUCAAUUUUCUCUCCAGCUUCCAAACUGACUUCCUAUUUGAGAGAUAUGGACGGCUUUACCACAAUAAUUUGUUGAUCCAAGGAUAGAAUAAUUGGUCUCAUACAAGAAUGAAAUAUAGUCUAAUUUCAGAACCUGAAAGUAUAUCAGCACCUUCUUUUUUCUUAUAAUCCAUAAGCUAACUAAACACUGUCUUAAGACAGUGGUGUUUGUAAAUGACUGGUUUUGUUUGAGUGUUUAGAUUAUAUGUGAAAACUAGCACAGAAUUGGAAGUUACUGUAAAUGUCUGAACUAGUAUUGUAGGUUUUAACUCCUAUAAAGAUUAAACAGUAGCUCUUUAAAAGCUUAUUUUUUCACAAGUACAUUUUGUGUGGAAGACACUUUGCAUUGAAAUAUUUUUACUGUUGUCUAAUAUCUUUUCACUUCUGGUACAGCUUUCACACUGCAUGUUCAUUUUAUUACAUUUUAUUAUUGGCAAUUUUACAUGUUGGGUGGAGGUAAAGCAGCUCCAGUAUGAGACUUACAAAAAGGGGGGGGUGGGGGGAGAGAAAGAACUACUGUUGUAGUUCGCUAGCAUAGGGAAGUAUUUGUGGUUGGUCAUUGUCAUGGUCUCCUAUUUAUCAGUGCUUUUAUAAAUCUAUGAAAAUCGUUAAAUUAUUUUCAAAAAUGCUGUAAAUAUGUCACAUUUAAACUGUCAGUAAACAGUUUGAGUAACUUGAAAUAACACCUGA